AUGGCUGUUGCUCCAAUUCACCUUGCCUUCAUCAGUGCAUUUCUCAUCAUCCUUUUUACAAGCCCAUGUAUUGGUCUAUUCAUUUGUCCCUCCCAGGAAUCCCAGGCUCUUCUUUUCUUCAAGGAAGUCUUGAAGGUCUCUGAUGGCAUUCUCAGUUCAUGGGACAAUAGAAGCGACUGUUGCUCCACAUGGGAACGUAUAUCCUGCAACUAUGCCACUGGCCAUGUAGAGCUGGUUAAUUUGACUGCUUACACCAACCACACAGAGCAGGGUUUGCAGAGUGGAGUCAUAUCGAGUAGUUUGUGCAGCCUUCCUUUUCUCAAAUACCUCAUCCUGAAAAGCAUUGGAUUAACAGGUAAUAUCCCUUCCUGUUUGGGAAAUCUUUCUUAUCUUCAGGUUUUGGUGUUAAAGAACAAUAGUUUGACGGGGAUAGUUCCUCCUGCAAUUUGCUUGCUCACAAAUCUUGGCCAUCUAGAUCGCAAGUUGGCUCCGAGCUUCCAGUUAGCGGGCUUAGAUCUAGUCUCAUGUAGUAUUGGUGGUAGAGUUCCUGAGUGGCUUUUCACUCAGUAUUCAUUACAGAGGUUGGCAUUGGCUGACGACAAUAUUGUUGGAGAAAUUCCCAAAUGGUUAAUGGAGAACAAUCCUCAGUUGUUUCUGUUCAACAUUUCAGGAAAUCAUUUCAAUGGCAGCCUUUUUGUUCCAAGUAGAUCAAUUCGUUGGAUGACUGUAUUUGAUGUAUCUAGGAAUGCAUUCACUGGACACGUAGCAUCUACGUGGCCUCCAGAUCUUCAGCUCCUGAUGGUUAAUGACAAUUCUCUGAUUGGCAAUAUUCCUCCAGGUUUGUGCAAUUUAAUUCAUCUUGAAAAGUUAGAUCUGUCAAACAACAAAUUGAAUGGAAGCAUGCCUUCAUGCUUUGCAAACUAUAAGAGAAUUCAAGUGUUAAAUUUGGGGCAUAAUAGGUUGGAUGGAAGUAUACCCCAAGGGGUAUGCUCCUCCUCUUUAAAUGUGAGAAACAAUAAGUUAAGUGGCGCCUUCCCUAUGUCAAUCAUAAAUUGUAAGAUAUUACAAGUACUAGAUAUCGGCCAUAACAAAUUUGCUGGGCAUAUUCCAUGGUCAGUUGGAAAUCUAUCAGCCCUUAAAGUGCUGAUGAUGAAUGAUAACUCUUUCAGAGGCAGCAUUCCUUCAGAAAUUGUCCAACUCAAGCAGCUCCAGAUCUUAGACCUUUCGUCUAACAAUAUAUCAGGUGUUAUUCCACACAGCCUUGGAUCUCUAAAAGCAAUGACUCUACCAAGAGAAGACGGCCAUAUAUUAUCUUCUCAGCUGAACCCAUUUCAAGUAAUUACAAAAGACAAUGGCGUUAAGUCAUAUUCUGGGAUUGGUCCUAUUGAGUGA